UUCUGAUAUUUGAAAAUCACUCCACAAAAUCUUGAGGAAACAGAAGGAUUAAUAGUAGCUGGAGUUGGAAGUUUCAUAUUCCUUUACUUCAAUGUGGGGUCCCCAUAUUUCCUCUGUCACUGACAGCCUAAUCAACAGCCUGGAAAAGGGUGUUUGCAAUCACACUGAAAAGCUCAACUUGAUGAGUUUUCAGUAAUGGGAUUUAUGUUGGUUAUCUGAACUGGGUUUUCUUCUAAUGUUCCAAACCUUGUUCUCUUCGGGUCCAGAUUAUUCACAUUAAGGUUUUGUGUGGCUUGCUACCAGCUGUUUGGGAUUGGUAUUUGCAAUUCUGGGGUUACUUUGGAUCCAGUUAUUUUGCAAUCCGGAUUUGCGUAUCCAUAAUCCGUUUAUGGACUUUUGAAGACCAGAGGGAAGCUAUAAUGGUGAAGAUGGAGCUCAUAAAAUGGGUUCCUUACAUUUUGGUUGUUUUUCUGGUUUUGGUUAAUGGGUUAUUUGCCUUGUACACUCCUCCUGAUAGUUAUCUAAUUGCUUGUGGUUCUUCCCAAAACAUCACCUUCCAAGGUCGCACUUUUGUUCCUGAUUCACAACAUUCUUCACUUGUAUUGAAAACUGGGAAUUCUUUUGUAGCUAGUUCCAAUUCUAGUGUCCCUUUUCCAAUUUACCAAUCAGCUCGGGUUUUCACCGAGAAAGCUUCUUACAUAUUUGAAAUUCAGCAAGAAGGUAGGCACUGGGUUAGGCUAUAUUUUUUCCCUCUUCCCAACUCUGGCCAUAAUUUGACUUCUGCUUCUUUAUCAGUUGUUACUGAUGAUUUUGUGUUGUUGAGUAACUUCACCUUUAAGAAGUACAAUGGUUCUUAUAUGUUCAAGGAGUAUGCAAUCAAUGUUACCUCUGAUACCUUGACUGUCACUUUCAUUCCUUCAAAUGGUUCAGUAGCCUUUGUCAAUGCAAUUGAAGUUGUGUCAAUACCAAAUGAGUUGUUUGUUGAUCAGGCAUUGGCUAUUGACCCACCAGCCCCAUUCAAUGGACUUUCUGAACUUGCCUUUGAAACUGUUUAUCGCUUGAACAUGGGUGGUCCUUUGAUUACUGCCCAGAAUGACACCCUGGGAAGGACUUGGAUGAAUGAUCAGAAUUACCUCCAUGUGAACAGCUCUGUCCUUAAUGUGUCGGUCAACCCUUCGAGCAUUAAGUAUCCGGUGGCUGUUAGGCGCGAGACAGCCCCAAAUUUGGUCUAUGCCACUGCUGAAACAAUGGGGGAUCCGAAUGUAAAUGAUCCAAAUUUCAACAUUACUUGGGUCUUCCCUGUGGAUCCAAAUUUCUCCUAUUUUAUCCGGGUGCACUUCUGUGAUAUUAUGAGCAAGUCACUCAAUACUUUAGUGUUCAAUUUGUUCAUAAACUCUGACAUUGCUCUUGGAAGUCUUGACCUCUCAUCCAUAACUAAUGAUUUGUCUGUGCCUUACUACAAGGACAUGGUUUCCAAUGUCUCAGCAGACUCUAACACUUUGACUAUAAGUGUUGGUCCAGAUACAAUGGCAGAAACCAGAAAUGCCACUAUGAAUGGCCUCGAGAUAAUGAAGAUCAGCAAUUUAUUAAAGAGCUUGGAUGGGCUUUCUUCAGUUGACAAUCUUCUUCCUAGUUCUCCUUCAAAGAAGAACAAGAUAGGAAUAAUAGUUGGUUCUGCUGUUGGGGCUCUAGCAGCUCUAGUAGUGGUUGGUUUGUGUUUUUGCUGCUUGGUGGGUCGCAAGUCAAAGACUACUACUCAACCGGGCCAUUCAUGGCUGCCUUUAUCCCUAUAUGGAAACUCUCUGACAAUGACAAAAAUGUCAACAACUUCACAGAAGAGUGGAACUGCAAGCUGCAUCUCUCUAGCUUCAUCGAAUCUUGGAAGAUUCUUCAGUUUCCAAGAAAUCCUAGAUGCAACCAACAAAUUUGAUGAGAAGCUACUUCUUGGUGUUGGUGGUUUUGGAAGGGUUUAUAAGGGAACACUUGAAGAUGGGACUAAUGUAGCUGUUAAAAGGGGUAACCCAAGAUCUGAGCAAGGUCUUGCUGAAUUCCGAACAGAAAUUGAAAUGUUAUCCAAGCUUCGCCAUCGUCAUCUUGUGUCUCUCAUUGGUUAUUGUGAUGAGAGAUCAGAAAUGAUUCUAGUCUAUGAAUAUAUGGCUAAUGGACCCCUCCGGAGUCAUUUGUAUGGAACAGACCUGCCACCUCUUUCAUGGAAGCAACGACUCGAAAUUUGCAUUGGAGCAGCAAGAGGCCUUCAUUAUCUACACACCGGAGCAGCUCAAAGCAUAAUUCACCGAGAUGUGAAGACAACAAACAUCCUCUUAGAUGAGAACUUUGUUGCUAAAGUUGCGGAUUUUGGCCUCUCCAAAACUGGUCCUGCUCUUGAUCAGACCCAUGUAAGCACUGCUGUUAAAGGUAGUUUUGGUUAUCUUGAUCCUGAAUACUUCAGAAGGCAACAGCUUACUGAGAAAUCAGAUGUGUAUUCAUUUGGAGUAGUAUUAAUGGAAGUGUUAUGCACAAGACCAGCUUUGAACCCUGUCCUUCCAAGGGAGCAGGUCAAUAUAGCUGAGUGGGCAAUGACCUGGCAGAAAAAAGGGAUGCUUGACCAAAUCAUGGAUCAAAAUCUGGUGGGAAAGGUGAAUCCAGCUUCUCUCAAGAAGUUUGGGGAGACAGCUGAGAAGUGCUUGGCCGAGCACGGCGUUGACCGGCCGUCUAUGGGAGAUGUCUUGUGGAAUCUUGAAUAUGCUUUGCAGCUUCAAGAGACCUCAUCAGCUCUCAUGGAACCUGAAGAUAACAGCACAAACCACAUCACUGGAAUUCAGUUGACACCCUCUGAGCAUUUUGAUCACACUGUGAGUAUGAUUGAUGGGGGAAACUCUUGCACGGAUGAUGAUGCAGUAGAUACUGCUACAAGUGCAGUGUUCUCACAAUUGGUAAACCCUCGUGGAAGAUGAGCUCUCAGUGCAUCCAUGAUUCUGGCCAAGGGCCAUUAAGUACAGUGGCUGUUCUGGCCUUGGGAAUGGGACUAGUUGAAAAGUUCUGAUUGGUGAAUGAAGGCUAUUUCUUAUUUAGUUAAUGCUUUUGUAGUCCAUUUUUUGGCCCUUAAGCAAUUAAUUUACUAUGUAAUAUAAUAGACUGAUAGUGAUGGGAGCCAAUGAGCUGGUUUAGUAAUUGAUUGCAGGAGUUGAGCUCCCCCAAUUGUUCUUACACCUUACAAUAUA